GGACGAAGUUCGAGAGACAGCUUUAUAGAAAGGAUUUUUGUUUGUGAAAAUGGUGAACGGUACUCUGCUGGUGGUCGGCUUCUUCGUGGUGGCCACAAGACUGCUUAUUGGUGCUGCUCCUUCUCCUGUGCCCUUUUUUUGGUUUGGUGACUAUGGAUACGAUUCAUCAGAGGAAGAGGAAGAAGUUAAAAAAAUUUAUGUCUACAUAAAUUCCUCCCAACCAGAAAUUGAGCAAGUUAUACAAAAAUUACCGAAUGGAAACACAGGUAGCACAUUACCUGUAUUUAAUAUCCCAGUUAUGGUACAGUUUAUUCCAGGAACUGGCGGUAUGCCACCUGUUACUAAUGCUGCUGUAUCAUCUGACAAUGAUAUGCCGACAGCUCCGAUGCCAAGUUCAUAAGUUAACUACUCUUUAACAACACUUAAUAACACUUUCUAAAUAACUAACAGACACAUGUCAAUGAUUGAGUUUCACUAUAGAGAAGUUGGUACUGGAAGAGCACGAUUCUAAUUCUUGUGAAGGGCAUUUUUCAGUCAUUAAAACUGAACAGAAUCAGACAUGUAUAUAAUAUUUAUAACAUUUAUUCAUUUGUUUGUAAUUUAAUACAAUAAAUUAAUAUCAAAUA